AUGCCACUGCAGGUUCGAUGCAGCGGUUUCCAAAAUACGGCGCAAGGAAAGUGUCACAGAUGCUAUUGGCAAGGGCAGGAAUGCACUUUUCAGCCAAUCUCAGAUGACAGCGCCGGUACCCUUCUGCGGGCCGUCGCCGAGAGCUAUACGCAUGGUAGCCGGGAUCGCUGGCUGGCUGGUCCAGCACCAGUAGUAAAUACGGGCAGAGCCACGUUUCAAGAAAAAUGUUGGACUGUCUAUACGACGGUAGACAUGCAAAGCGCCCGACGACCAGACCGACAAGCGACCCUGGGCGUGUUUGACAUACACCACGCUGAGACCUAUGCUGACGAACUCGCAACGGAUACAUCAAAUAUGUGGGCCGGCAGCCCCGGUUGUAUAGAUUGCAGAUUUGGGGAGGGGGGAAUGAGGCACUCCACCGACUCAGCCUCGGGGACUGCCGGACGCACGUUGGCUGUGAUGAGCUUGAGUAAUUUGGUCCAUAACUUCAAUGCGACACCUCGACGGUCUCAACAGUGA